AUGAGCGAGAUAUAUAGGCACGCCAACAGCGUUACGAUCUGGCUGGUCAAGCCGGGUCGAUUAAUGGAUGCUCGGCGUGUACUUGCCAAACUUUCGCGCUGGCAGAAUCUUGUCACUCCAGGAUCCAGCCUUGUCAGUGAUGCUCACCACAAACAAGGACUUAUGGAAGCUGCCUUGGCUAGCACGAGUCCAUGUUGGCUCGAUAGAGCCUGGGUCUUGCAAGAAGUUGUUUCCAACAGCAACAUUCAUAUCUGCUUCGGCCGACACAGGCUUAUAUAUGGAGGUAUCUGGAGCUCUAGGGACUACGUGCCCGGCGGCAGCCCGCACCAGCUGACAAGGCGUCUGUAUGAGAAGCUGACGAGCCUUCAACAGCUAUACCGAUCUGGCACAAUCGCAGAUCUGGUGGAGGGCAGGCGCUAUAAUUCCUUCUACGAAGCUGCACGGCUAGCCAUUACUGUCACCUCGACAGACCCUCGGGAUAAAGUAUAUUCCCUGUUGGGCCUUGUUGGUGCAAAGGAGGCUGCCAAGAUUAGACCCGACUACACUCUACCCAUCUGGACUGUAUUUGCCCAAGCGACAUAUGCUUCAAUCGCCCAUACCAGACAACUCGACAUGCUCGAGCUUGUGAGAUGGCACGACACUAAGGUUCAGGACUUGACGCAAGCAGUCCGAACUCCGGAGCAGGGCAGAACGAGGCAUUCCGAAGGCCUUCGAAGCUUUACUGAGUUUCUAGAUGGUCGGGAUAAUGGUGUGAUACGUCUUACUGGCCGCUGGGAGCCAUGGAUCAGUACAGACUGGCGCCAGUUACAUCUCCGGGGUGCUAAACUUGACAUGGUUCGUACGGGAACGGGUUUUCCGGCCGACGGCAGAGUUCCAUUCGAGACUCUACUGUAUGCCACAUGUCAGCUGCUCGCCUCUCACCGUCCGCUAUCCGACAGGACUUCCGGAGACCAAGGCCUACCAGAUAUCAAGUUUGAUCGGAGUAUUCUGCGGACCCGUUCUGAAGAAAUAGUGCACCGAGAUGACAAGUAUGCCCUACGUGACAUACUCGAGUGCCUAAAGCUCUGGGAUGGUGCUGCGAGCCUGGCUGAGGAGACGAAUUGGAUGUCGAAGCUCGUCGUGGCAUCCAACGGUCACAUUCAUAGGCUGGUGGAGGAGCAUGAUGAGGAGACUCCCUCGGUGGAUGAGUUCCGCUAUAGCCGUCUGUUCGAGCAUACAGAAGAUGUCUAUCGACCUUAUCCUGGGGAGGAGAAUGACGACGAUGAACGUAGAUUCCUGUUCUGGUGGUACACACACUACGCCGACUACGUUGCUGGACAACUUACGCUUUUCUGCACGACCAGAGGCUAUCUUGGCUUGGCACCAGGCGAGGUCAUCGGUGGUGAUCAGUUGUGUUUGGUUCACGGAGCAUGUCUGCCAGUAUUGCUUCGUCCGGCACCGGAUGGAACUUGGACUUUCCGCGGAUUUUCUUACAUUCACGGUAUUGGAAAAGGCCAGCUAGUGGACUUCGUCCCUGGGCUCGGAUAUCGGGAAGAGGAGCUCGUGAUCUGCUGA